AUGACACAACCCGACUUGCUUAACCUACAUGUCCGAAGGGGAUACCGCACACCCUUCAUCGGUGUCACCUUCAAUGAACACUCUCCUGCCGUAAACUUGGUUAAUAUCCUUCGGAAAGCAUGGCUCCUUCGCAUCGAUGAGGAGAUAACAGCAGAUCCGAUGAAUGCUGGAGUGCAUAGUCUGGCUCGAUAUCUCGAUGAGACACCGGAAGAAGAGCUCCUCAAACGACGUGACAAUGAGAGAGAUAAUACCAACAACGCUCACCGGAAGGCUAUCUACGUAAUGUGGAAUCAUCUGUUUGACAACAUAUCCAACUUCCUGGUCAAUGUCAACUGCAGCAACGGCAUACUCACGCCGCAAAGUCAUGGCUCUCUCGACAUCCAAUACCCUGAGGAAGGCGAGGAAGGCGAGAGUGUGAAAGUAGCCGAAUUCUCUCAUGAAACACACCUUUUAAUCCUCCCUGCUUUCAUAGAUCCGGGGGCCAAGGUUGAAGUGACAAUUGGAGACGAAGCGCCGCCUCAACAGAAGGAGGAGGGAAUCAAUAAGACGGGUUUCGAGUUCGAUGCUACCGAGACGGACUGGGAAUAUCUCGGAACGGACAUCUACCUGGUCAAGGCAAACCAAAAAAUCAACGUCUACGUUCCUCGAGAGACUAAAAAGGCCGGUAAACUCGCCGCCGUGCUAGUGUAUGGGAAGUACGACCAAAACUUUGGUGACUCAAAGGACGAAGAGCACAUGCGCUUACAUGAGCUUUAUGAUCAUGACACUGGCGACGAGAUCCACGAGCAACUCAAGAAAGCAAGAUUUGCUGGGACAGGGAAUGCUUCUGACGAACGUGAGCUCUGCUCUGAGGUUAUGGCGAUAAAGAAGUGGGUAGAGGACAGCAAAAAAUCGACGGCUGAGGAGGCCGAUGAGCACAAGGGUGAGGUGGUAGUGCUAUCUUCCAGUGGGCGUACUGCUGAACAGGAAAGCGUCUGUAGCAAACCUCCAAGUGUUAUGGCUGUGUUGUCAUACAAGGCUUAG